AUGGAGCGACAGUUCAACGGCUCACAACAGAGUUUUGAUGGUGUCACCGUCGCUGCUGCCGACCUUCAGCAGAAUGGGAAGAGGAAGCGCGACGGAAUUGAUGGUGUUGGAGAUGAUGAUGACUCCAAGUCGGCGGUUGGUGGCCAUCAGCGGGCGUUGGUAAAGACUUGCUUCGAUGCCCUGACCAGCUUCGAUGUUGAGCCCCCGAUUCUGAAGCGUCCCCUGGCUCAAGCUGUCGCUGUCGACAACGAUGAACCUGAUGCCAAGCGGCAGAAGUCGACAGAACCCUCGCCGACAGCGUCGCAGAGUAUCGCCGACAAGGUGGCUGCCAACGAAUACCCCCAGCUGUCGGAUCUGAUGGCCGAUGUUGUCGCUGCCGCCAAAGACGCCCUCGCUGCUGCUGAGUCGACACGACAGACGGGGGAUGAUAGCGAUGCCGCCGCUAAGGCGACCAAGAGGCAGAUCCGCGAUUUCAGAACCAAGGCCGUGGAUCUCCUGCGUCGCGAGGAGGCCUACCCCAAGACACCGACGGCGCACCGUCCCUCAACCGAGGAGCAGGGAGACGAGUUCCAGAGGAGCAGGGCUGUCCUGUCCAUCACCGGCCACGCGCCCCAGGAGCGCCGCCUCUUCUCCAGUCUGCCUGCGUCGCAGGAGGACAUUGAUUGGUCCCGGGUCAACCUGCCGGCCGGCGUGUCCAUCACGCGCAUUGUCCCGUCGACGCCCCAGGAAAAGGUGCUCACGCUCGGCGAGGUGUUUGCGUCCCCGAGGAACCCUCCCCCCCUGUACGCCCCCAGGCAGCCCAAGUCGCACGCCAAGGGCAACAAACUCGACUUCUACCACCCCGAGCUGACGGCUCAGUCGCCGUACCGCGCCAACUCGUACUUCAGCGCCAAGCUGUCUGCGGGGCACUACCUCAAUUACAGUCACGCGACGCCAGCGUCAAGCCCGAAGGCGCGCCGGCACGAGCGCCAGCGUAGUCUGGCCGGCAAGAAGCCGUCCACGCGCGAGCUGGAGAUGUCGGAGAUGGAGGCUCUGUUCCGCGGCGCCUUCUCGAGUUUCGCCCCCUGCAAGGACGACUCCGCCGCCGUGGUGCCCUCUAGCGUUGCCGGCCGUGUGUGGUGGCAGCGGGCUGGGCAGCAGGCCUUCCAGAACAUGAUUGAACUUGGCUACUACGACGAGGAAGCCGACGAUGCCUCGCCCGACGGUUUCGACGAGAAGGCGGUGCAGGAGGCCAUCGAAAACUGGGACGACAGUGUCGUGGACCCGACGCUCGAGGAUGCCGUAGGGGUCAAGCGCGACCAGGGCGAGAAGGAGGCCGAGGAGAUCCUGGAUGAGGUCAGCGACAUGAUUGAGACGCUGGCGUCGUACCAGCGUAUCCGAAACCUCAACCUGCCCAACUCGCAGAACCGGCCGACCAGCGAUCCCGUCUCGGGCGACAUGCUUAACACGUCGGGUCCGGAGCCGUCGGAGGAGGAGCAGGCAACGUACGCCAUGCUCAAGGACCAGCUGACGCUCAUCAUCAAGACGCUGCCGCCGUACGUGGUGGCCAAGCUCAACGGCGACCAGCUCGGGGAGCUCCUCAUCAGCACCAAGAUGCAGGUAUCGGCGGACCAGUACCACGGCGUGAUGGAGGAGGACGAUGCGGCCAUCCAGGCACGCAUGCGGGCCAUGCAGCAGGCGGCCCAGGCCAGCGCAGCGCGACCACCGACCAUGGCGUACCAGAACCAGUACACGCCCAACGCCGCGCAGUACGGCACGCCUACGCGGCCACCAUCUUCGCGGUCCCAGCAGCAGCAGCAGCAGCAGUACUACCGCAAAGGCAUGGCUCCCAACUACCCUCAGGGAUAUCAGCAGCAACAGCAGCCCCGGCAGUACACGCCUGUGGCGGCACCGCCGCAGCGCACGCCCCAGCCGAACCAAUACUCGCGGGCAAACGGGUACGCGAGCCAGUACGCGACGCAGCUGGCCAAGGCGCAGACACCCUUCGGCCACCAGAACAUGCCGCAAUACGCCAACCAGCAGCGUCCUCAGUACGCCCAGAUGCAGCAGCAGCAGCAGCAGCAGCAGCAGCAGCAGCAGCAGCAGACGCCUCAACCGCAAUUAGCAGCCCCCAUCAACCCACGGUACGUGUACCAGCAGCAGGGAUAUCCUCCCGCGCAGCAAGCACACUACGCCAACGGGGCGCAGCAGAAAAAGGCAUCGCCGCAGGUGGCACCUCGUCAGAUCUACAGUACAUCACCCAACAUGCAGCAGCAGCAGCAGCAGCAGCAGCAGCGAUUCACGCCAUCGGCAGGACGAUAUUCGGCGGCAGCGGCCGUGGCGGCGGCGGCAGCAGUGGGAGGGACCCCCGUACAGCCGGGCUCCGGGUCCCUAGGCUACCACACCGUCAUACCGGAGGCGCACCAGCAGCGUAUCCUGGAACAGGCCAAGGCGCGCGCAGCCGCCCACGAGAGGUCGUCUGCCAUCUUUGGCGACAAGACCGGUGGGUCACCGUCCCCGACGCCUCUCGGCAUGGGCGCCACGAGGACAGGUUCCUUCUCCGGCGGUGGUACAGGACAGCAGCAGCAAAAACCUCAGACGCCGACGCCGAGGACUGGAACGCCAGGCACGGGACAUAUUCCCCUCAAGGUCACACCUGUUCCUGUUCCCGUCAUGCCUGGUCAACAACCUAGGAAGCCAUCAUCUGGGUAG